GAUAUAGUGUUCACCACACGAUAUCCGUCGUGGGUUCGCUUUUUGCGCACUUCCUUCGGUCUCAUACAAACGCCGAGUGUUUUGUCGUCAUGAGCGCGGACUCGUCGGCGGUGCGGCCGCUGCCGUUCGUGCUGGUGGACGAUGACGGAGGCUUCAGCGUGAACCCCGAGGCGUGCGCCGUGCUGGAGAGGGUCAAGUCGCGGCUCGUCGUAGUGGCCGUAGCAGGUCUGUACCGCACAGGCAAGAGUUUCCUGCUCAACAUGCUCGUGAAGGGCGUAUCCGGGUCACGUCAGGAGCAGCCAGGUUUCGCUGUGGGCGGCACAGUCAACGCCUGUACCAAGGGCAUUUGGAUGUGGGGAGAGCCCAUCCCUCUGGACGAGGACACCAGCAUACUUUUCCUCGAUACCGAAGGACUAGGCUCUGUGGACCGCGAACAGACCCACGACACGCGCAUCUUCGCGCUGGCGCUGCUUUUGGCGUCGAACUUUGUGUACAACAGUCGCGGCGUCAUUGACGGCAACGCCAUUGAAGAUCUAUCGCUUGUGGUGAACCUGUCCAAGCACAUCCAGACGUCUUCGACUUCUAAAGACGCAGCAGGAAAUGCUGACAGGCUGCACGAGUUCUUCCCGAGCUUCAUGUGGGUCGUGAGGGACUUUACACUGCAACUACUGGACAACGGCAAGCCCAUUUCAUCCAAACAGUAUCUAGAGAAUGCUCUAAAGCCGACAGGAGGCUACAGCGAUGACGCAGUAGAGAAAGACCAGAUCCGAGCACUAUUGAGUGACUUCUUUAGACACAGAGACUGUGUGACACUCGUACGACCUGUGGACGAUGAACAGAAGCUGCGGAAUCUGCCCAAAGUGCCAUACGAAGAGCUGAGAGACGAGUUCAGAGCCAGCUUUGAGGGUCUUCAAAAGAGACUAUUUGGCAAGGCCAAACCCAAGAGCAUGUUCGGGAAACCGCUCAAUGGAGCGAUGUUCGUCAAUCUGGCUGGGUCUUAUGUUGAGGCACUGAAUAGUGGCAAAGCUCCCGUGAUCUCGAGUGCUUGGAGCCGCGUUGUACAGGCCCAGUGUCAUGAUGCACUGGAGGACGCAGUGGAACGGUACAAGUCUGAGUUACAUGCACGCGUGCGACGCUAUCUGUCGCCUAAACAGUACGAAGAAGAUGCUGGCUUUGAAGCUAACGGAGACAAGCAGGAUGACGAACUUGAAGUGGUGGAUAACGGCCAGGGCAGCAGCGCUAUGUUCGAUGAACACGGAAACCUGCGCAGUGUGGCGCUGCGUCCUGACCUGGAAGUACAGGAUUCUAUAGAAGAAGACCCGGCAGCGCCGGAGAAUGAGAUGAUUGAGAUCAUGGAAAAGGACGACGACGCAGAAGCACGAACCUUCGAACGGACACGCUUGCCUUGUUCAGAGGAUAAGCUUAGAAAUGUGCAUCGCUUGUGCAAGCGCUUGGCUAAGAAGAAGCUACGUGACAUUGUCGAUGGAGACAUGGGAGCUGAUGCCGAAGCUGGAGGAGGUGAUGAUUACAUGGCGCAAUUCCGCGCGGCAGUGAAUGCAGAGUUUGAUUCGUAUCGUCAGCAGAAUGCAGCAGCGUCCAUGGCGUACUGUCGACACGUGCUGGAUGUUCUAAGUCGACCAGGAACGGAGUAUCUGGCACACCCUGAGCAGCACCGCCAGAAGUCAGCGAUGGAACUGUUUCGUGAAACACAGACCUUCUUACAGGAUGAUUUGAGCGCGGUGCACAAGGAAUACUUUGCACAUGCCGUGGGUCCAUCAUCUGAUGCCGCUUACUGCGAGUUUGUGAGCCAACGCGUUCUCUCGCAGGUGAUUCAGCGCACAGAGGGUACGAAUGCUGCACACAUGACAGAAGUUCGUGCACUGGAGAAGCAGAUGAAUGAUCUGAGUGUCAAGGUGGCAGUGGCACAGGGACAGGCUGGUGCAAUGCAGGAACUUUCAGCUCAGCAACAACAGAAGUGCGAACAGGGGGUGAAGGAGGCUGAGCAGCGUUGCGCAUCUGAACUGGCUGGGCUUCGCUCCACGCUGGAGUUCAAGACUAACGAGCUGGAGCACAUUUUGAAUCAUAAUGCGACUAUGAAACGUCUGGCCGACACCGCACAACAGGGCCAAUACCGAGCAACGGAAUUUGCCUCCUCAGCCUUUGCACAGAUAUUGUGCGGAUACCUCAUCAAGCAGCACAUGGCUCCUGGUGCUGGCGGAUCAGCUCGCGCCAAGUGGCAGCAGCGGUAUUUCGUCCUGCAAGGUCCACAGUUGAGCUUUUACGACACUAAGGAGGACUAUGAACGCUGUCGUUCUGACAAUCCGCCUAUGGACGUCACGGGAGCGACCAUCGAAGACAACUAUGCUGUACCGGAAGCUUUCAGCGUUUCCUUCCGUGAUGACAAGUACUACCCGCUGCAGCUUCACGCAAAGUCCCGCGAGGUCAAGCAGGAGUGGGUGCGCAGUUUACGUGCUGCUGCAGCUGGUCGUGGUGCUGCACAAGGAGGAUCGCGCAGUCAUGCUUCUUCUAGCUCAUCCAUGGGAUCUUCUGCCUACGGUGAUAUGGGCAAUUCGUCUUCUUCAACGGCUUACCAAGGAGGGAGAGAAGGACCUCCUAGCUACGCAGAAUCGGCUUCGUCGGCCUACCAAGGUGGGGGCUAUGCUUAUGGAAAUUCUUCCUCGAACAUGUAUGGUCCUACAGGUGGAGCUGGUGGCAGCCGAUACAUGCAAAUGUAGUCAAGUCUACGUGGGUGCGAGUGAAGCACGGAAGUAUUUGAACGUUUAGCAAUGAUUUUGAUUUCCCAACUAGUGAAUACAGCCGCGCUUGAAGCAAUAAGUGCCAAGGGAAGCACGAGAUGGAAACAUUUAAUUCAUUAGACAAGAUCGCAGACAAGUUACUGUCGGAAAGUUGUUGUCCUCUUGACGUUGUGCGUUUUACGAUGGGGUCUUCAUGCCAACCUUGGUUGAACCGAUGUUACCACCACCGGCUUCAAGCAGAUUCGACACUCCGAUGUCCUCGAGGAUCUUGAUCACAGCACCAAUACCAAUGCGCUUCUGAGGGUCCCAGCGGCACAUUCGCUCUACCAGAUUCCAUUCCUUAUCUUUAAAAAUCGUUGGACGCGCUGGUAUCUUCUUCUCAACUCUCACUGCGUGGCUUACCCUUAUGUCCGCCAAAUCCCGUCCCCACGGAAAUUCACCAGUUACUGCUUCAAUGAUGCACAUUCCAAAAGCGUAAAUAUCUGAUGCAAACGUGGGCAGGUCUCCCUCUAAACACUCAGGUGCUUUCCAACGUACGGCUUCCGUGGUUAGCGUCUCUUUAGACUUCGCUGUGGUUCCCAGAACACUCAAUCCGAAAUCUGCAAUUUUUGCAGCUCCUCCCUCGCAUACGAGGAUAUUGUCAUUUUUGAGGUCUCCAUGCACGAUAUUGUGGUCGUGAAGAUGCUCGAUCCCGAGAGCUGCCUGCAGUAGACGAAACCACAGCUCACGACGUCUACCCUUUUCUGGGCGUAAGUAGUCGGUGAGGGUCUGACGUGUUGCACGCUCACAAACGAAGAACGGUUGUGGUCCUUCAUAGCAUGCUCCAUACAACUUAAUCAAAUUGGAGUGGUUCAGUGUAAACCACAAAUCUGCCUCGCGACGAAAUUGAUUUCGACGGUUCUCAUCGACUGCCAUAGGUUUUAGUCUUUUCACAACCACAUCUGUCCCGAACCAUUUGCCCAGGUUCACAGAAGCAAACCCUCCACUUCCAAUUCGGUCCUUCAGCUCUACCUGAUAGCUAGGGAUGAACCACUUGGGAAUCACAUCGGCACCUCUCACACCUCGCCGCUUCGCUUCUGUUAGCACAGUGUUCAUCGCCUUCACAACAUCCGGAGCGUAAGCACCAGCCCGAGUCUGCGCCUCAAACCUUAGCAUCGCGAUAUCUUCUGGCCGAUUCGUACGUUGAAAAAACGUUGAUGGACUCUUCAGGAGCUUCAGUAAUUCAUCUCGCUGGCUAGACUGAGCUUUAUCCCAAGUAGGCUGCCAGUGAUGUACAGUGUUCUGGCCUUGUAGCUGUGGACAGCUAUGCACUAGGUGGUCGAUUUGGUAGUGGAAGUGAUAGUUUUGGCCGGCUACCGACUGCGAGGCGAUCUGAAUUGACACGCUGCUGCUCGACAAAGAUUCAUCGAACAUUCUGAAAAAUUCCCAGACUAGCAAACUGAAAUCUUCAACCAAGAGCUUAGGCAGUUCUCCAGCACGUUCCAACUGCGCAUACACGUCUCGAAGGCGAUCAAACACCGAUCGAUCCUGGUGAGUAAAUUCCUGUUCGUGAUCUUCAGCCAGUUCGUCAAACAGCUCAGCAACGGUUCCAUCGAAGCUUGGUAUAAUGAAGUUUGAUAUGUUGCCAACUAACUGGGAUUCCUCUGCAUGCUUCUGACAUCCAUCCUCUGCCAAUUGCUGCAUUUUGAAACUCACGUCGUCCAGCUUAGUUCUCUCCGCAGGAAUCUCAGCACAUAGGCCUCGUAACAUCUCCCAUUCGUCGUCAUUGAUAAAUUCCGG